GUGUACGUGCUGAGCGCUCAGGAGGGCGGGCGCCACAAACCGUUCGUGUCGCACUUCAGCCCCGUCAUGUUCUCCCACACCUGGGACAUCGCCACCCGCGUGCUGCUGCCGCCCGGAAAGGAGCUGGUGAUGCCGGGUGAGGACACGUCACUGCAGCUGCUGCUGC